GUACCUUCCCUUCUCUGUAUAAAUCUGAUCUCUCUGUAUUUGAUAUCUAUUUUUGGAUAUUGAAGCUUACCAUUAAAAUUUAUUUAAACUCAAAUUCCAUUAGGAAAAAAAGAAGCAAAAUGGGAUUUGAGAUAGAAGAAAAACCAAAACCAAAACCAAAAUAUAGAAAAGGAUUAUGGUCACCUGAAGAAGAUAAUAAGCUCAGAAAUUAUAUCCUUAAAUAUGGUCAUAACUGCUGGAGCUCUGUUCCCAUUAAGGCAGGGUUGCAAAGGAAUGGAAAGAGUUGCAGAUUAAGGUGGAUAAACUAUCUAAGACCAGGAUUAAAGAGAGGUGUGCUUAGCAAACAUGAAGAAGAUACAAUCAUCACCCUUCACCACAUGUUAGGAAACAAGUGGUCUCAGAUAGCACAACAAUUACCAGGAAGGACUGACAACGAAAUAAAGAAUUAUUGGCAUUCAUAUUUGAAAAAGAAAGUCGUAGAAACUAAUCAAAUUAAGUAUGCUACAUCAAGCUCAGAAUCAAUUGACUCUUUAGUCUCUACUCUAAAAAAUUCAAGUCAAGAUCCUAAUUAUGCGGUGUUAGAAAAUAUUGAUAAAUCAACACCUAAAACACACUCUAAUCACUCUAUUUCACAUAAUUACAAUACUACCAAUGAUGUUUGUCUGAACUCUCUACCAAAAUUAUUAUUUGCUGAGUGGCUUUCACUAGAUCAUGUAAAUGGUGGCAGCUCUAUAAAUUCAAAUGAUACUUUAGUAUUGGGAAAUGGAUAUGAUCAAAACUCAUCUUUUCAAGACGAUGUUAUGCAAAUUCAAGAAGGGCAAUUUUGUGAUAAUUAUCAUGAUAGUUUAAUUCAAAAUCCAGCCAAUGAGGUAUACUAUUCACAACUUCAAAUGUCAAAUCAAGUGGAUGAAAAUGACUUGGUCCACUCUAUGAAUAAUGAUGCAAUUUAUGUAUGAGGAAGAAGUUUACAAGGUGCUCAAAAAAGGUGGAGUAAUUUGCAAGACAAAUUUUACUCUGUAUCAUUUU